CAAAGCAACACAGCUCGCCACAGCUUUAUCCACUUCUUGGACAAUAUUUCUAAACCCCCUACCAGCAGCAAGUCUAUCGAAGACGAAAUCAUGGUUUCCUGCAAGCCCGGACGUGCCAAUGGCCAGUACUCUGCCUUCUUCAUGGCGCACGAUGGCAUGGUUGAUCUGCUUUGGAAGAACGUCAACAAUAUCAACAUUGAUUGUAACAAGAAUUUCGACACCUUCACGUGCUGCAAUGGCAGCGACUGCCGCGACUUCAACUGCCCCGGGAACCACCCCGCCCGCGAGGAUAUCGAAAACCUGAAGAAUGCCAUUAUUCAGUAUUCUCGCACCGGGGAGUUUUCCUCACCCAAGGGCAGUUCCCUGGCUGAGGGCAGCUUGUCGACUAGGAUCAGUGCUUCCUCCGGAGACAGCUCCCCCACUACAGGCACUUCUUCCACUUAUGUCACACCCAAGACUGAAGGUGCCACUGUGACUGUGGCCACCACUGUGACUGAGAGCAAGGCUAAUGCUGGCUCUCUGGACACUGAAAUGCGCACGGUAAUGGAGAUGCGUAUGGUCGCAAUGAGCGGUGCUAUCAGGGCCAAGCCAGGCUGGACCGUCAAGAUGCAGGACGGUGCGAUUCGCCAGAAAUGGACUACCGAGACCAAAAGCCAGGGUCUGACUGAUCUAGAAACCAAGUAUCUGCGUGACCCAGAGACUGGUAUCGAGGUCAGUGGCGUCGACAUGGUCUGGGCUUCUGACUCCCUUAUUGACAACGCCCUGGCACAAGAGCUGCGCGAAUAUGCGGCUAUCUUGGAGGAUAUUCCUGCAAAGCUGAAGGACUGGCACCCGAACACGAACGAGCAGGUGCUGAACCUCAUCCACCCGUCGCUGUACCCGCUCUUUUACGACGGAUCUUUCCUGUACCAGCCCAUCGCCUCGCCAGCUGCCGCCCCGGAACCGCUGACUAUCAAGAAACGGCACUCAGGCAUGGGCAACGUUCCAGUUGACGGUGAUUAUUUGUCGAGGCAGUACUGCUGGCUCCCUAGUGAGUUCCAUGUUCGCGACGAUGGCUCGGUCGAAGUCGAGUCGUACAUCAACAACCUCCAUCCUGUGAGGCAUGCAAAGCUGUAUCCGACUAUUGCAAACAUCUUUGCGCGUUUCGUGCCCAUGUUUGAGAACGUGGUUACGGAUCUUGCGUUUAUGCGUGGCCGCCGCGUUGUACCUGACCUGUAUGCGUUGUUUUCAGAAGAUGGAAACCCAGACUUGGUCGAAAGCGAUGGCGUGGAUUCAGGAGAAGGUGGUGUGGUUGGGAUUGACGACGAUUGUCGCCUUCAGGUGAUCGUCAAGAUGUCGAACAUCAUGCUGACUCCAGACAAGCCAGAGUACAAGGGAGGCAGCUGGUAUGUUGAAGCCAUGGCCAACGAGCAUAUCGUUGCCACGGGAAUCUACUACUACGAUGUCAACAAUAUCACAGAGAGCAGGCUCAGCUUCCAUCAGUCCAUCAAGAGGUUGAUUCACUAUGAGCAAGGUGAUAAGCGUGGCAUAAGGCUUGGAUAUGGCAUUGAAGUGGAUGGCAAUCUAGCUGCUAUGUUGUCUCAAGAACUUGGCAGCGUUGAGGCUCUCAGCGGUCGCUGCAUUUGCUUCCCAAAUAUCUACCAGCACCAGGUCUCUGGCUUCAAGCUCAGGGAUCCGUCGAAGCCUGGCGACCGCAAGAUCCUUGCCUUUUUCCUCAUCGAUCCGUCCACGAGGAUCCCAUCAGCCAAGGUCGUUCCCCCGCAGCAGCAGGACUGGUGGGCUGAGAAGCUGUUCGAGCUCCCGCGAUUUGGCAGCCUGCCUCUUACAAUCAACGACUGCUUGUUCGAGCACAUUGAGUGGCCCAUGUCGCUUGAAAAGGCCAGGGAAGAGCGCCUGAAACUCAUGGCCGAGCGUUCGACGAACAACGAGACUGCUACCUCCAUGUAUUUUGAGCAAAGGUUCAACCUGUGCGAGCACUAGCAUGUCUGCCAGCUAAUUCCCUGUUGUCAACAUUUCAACAAUAGGGAGAGGGAUGGGCCAAGCAACCACCGCCACAAAACGGCAUAUAGCAUUGUUGCAUGGGUGC